AUGUGUUUAUGGAAAGAGUUAUGGAAGACAAAAUCUGAGAAAGCAGAUACACCUAUGGAAGCUUAUAAAUCUGCAUAUAUGUUUCCUAAUAUUGAGUGCCUGUUAAAAAUAUUAUGUAUUAUACCCGUUACAACAGCGACUUUAGAACGAUCAUUCAGUUCGUUGAAACGCAUAAAAACGUAUUUAAGGUCUACAAUGAACCAGAGUAAACUCAACGGCUUAGCAAUGCUUAAUAUUAAUAAAGAUAUUAAAAUAACCCCAGAAGAAGUAUUGGACAUAUUUUCUACAAAACAUAAUAGAAAACUUCAAUUAGAUAUUUAA